CUCCAGAGACCAUGUUCUUUACCCGGACGCUGUACUCGAAUGAAACGGCCCCCUCCCCUUAAGAAAAAGAACAGGGGCGCGCCUCGGCACGUGCGUGUGCGCCCGGGAUCUGCUUCUAUCACACAGCAUGACUUCUAAAUGAUUUGACAAACACGUUCUAGUGCUUCCGGAACCAGCUGUUUCUGGGUUCAAAUCACAGGCUGGCCGUCCGACCUUCGCAAAUUAGUUAACGAGCCUGUUUCUUCAUCUACCUGAGUUCAAAUUUCAGCUCUGCCAUUUACCAUGUGGGAUUGGGGGCAAGUCAUUCGAUCUGUACCUCAUUUUCCUCAUCUGUAGAAUGGGGAUAACAGCAACUACUCCACGGAGCUAUGGGGAAUAAAUACAAUGAUCCACGUAAAGCCCUUAAAAGAAUAAUAUAGCGGAGUGCCUCACACACUCUCUUCCCAGAACCCUUAGCCAUUAUGAUUCCCUCAACACGCUCUGAGACUUGCUCCCUACCCUCGAGGUGCCCAAGAACAAUACUUGUGGUCAAGUGCUCGAGAAACGCUAAAAAAGUUGAGGCGGGCCUAACUGCUUCGGGGAAGUAGGGAGGCAGGAGGCCUUCGUCGACUAGGUGGAGUCGGGUGGGGUGGGAGCGGUUUCCUUCACGGUGGACCCAACCGGACCGGGAGAUCCCGAGGGAAGGGGCUGCGAGGACUCCGCACGCGGUGAUUUCUCAGCACUGUGGCUAAGCUGCCUUUCUCUCUGCUGUCGUGGUUUAGUCACGAUCGGACCGUGCUGGGGUGCGAUGGAGACCAGGAAGCUCAAGGCCUUUGGCAGACCGAGUCAGGCCACGCCCCAAACAGACAGCAAGGCCCAAGCGCCUAAAGCCAUUUCUACCGUGAAAUUCCUGGAUUCUGUCGCGAUGAAACACCACCUAAGGCAGAGCCCGGCGCUACCCGCCGGUCUCCAUCUUUAGAAUUGGAAGAAUGAGAGCUGGCCAAAGGGGAAUCCCGGUUUUGGGAUACUGGGGUACGGCGGCUGCCUGGGGACCAAAACGUCUCUAAGGAUGGACAGAAUGACGGAAGAUGCUCUUCGCCUGAAUCUAUUGAAGCGGAGCUUGGACCCAGCGGACGAGCGAGAUGACGUCCUGGCCAAGCGACUCAAAAUGGAGGGGCACGAGGCUAUGGAGCGUCUGAAAAUGUUGGCGUUGCUCAAGCGGAAGGAUUUGGCAAAUCUCGAGGUGCCGCAUGAGUUACCCACUAAACAGGAUGGCAGUGGUGUCAAGGGCUAUGAAGAGAAACUCAACGGGAAUCUCAGGCCUCACGGCGACAGCAGGACUGCUGGAAGGCCAGGCAAAGAGAACAUCAGUGACGAGCCCGUGGAUAUGAGCGCCAGGCGGAGUGAGCCAGACCGAGGAAGGCUAACUCCCUCCCCAGACAUCAUUGUUUUGUCUGAUAAUGAGGCUUCCAGUCCCCGUUCCAGCUCCCGAAUGGAAGAAAGACUCAAAGCAGCCAACUUAGAGAUGUUCAAGGGGAAAGGCAUCGAGGAGCGGCAGCAGCUCAUCAAGCAGCUGAGGGACGAGCUGCGACUGGAGGAAGCCCGACUGGUGCUGUUAAAGAAGCUGAGACAGAGCCAGCUGCAGAAGGAGAACGUGGUCCAGAAGACUCCAGUUGUACAGAACGCGGCGUCUAUUGUUCAGCCAUCACCGGCCCACGUGGGGCAGCAGGGCCUAUCCAAGCUCCCCUCCCGGCCGGGUGCCCAAGGGGUCGAGCCUCAGAAUCUGAGAACGUUACAGGGUCACAGCGUCAUCCGCUCAGCGACCAAUACCACCCUCCCACACAUGCUGAUGUCUCAGCGUGUGAUUGCCCCAAACCCAGCCCAGCUCCAGGGUCAGCGGGGCCCGCCUAAGCCCGGCCUCGUACGCACCACAACACCCAAUAUGAAUCCCGCCAUCAAUUACCAACCGUCAAGUUCUUCUGUUCCCUGUCAGCGGACAACAUCUUCUGCCAUCUAUAUGAACCUCGCCUCCCAUAUCCAGCCAGGGACCGUGAACAGAGUGUCCUCACCACUUCCUAGCCCCAGCGCCAUGACCGAUGCUGCCAACUCACAGGCCGCAGCCAAACUGGCUCUUCGCAAACAGCUGGAAAAGACACUCCUGGAGAUUCCACCCCCUAAACCUCCCGCUCCCUUGCUCCACUUCCUGCCUAGUGCGGCCAAUAGCGAGUUCAUCUACAUGGUAGGCUUGGAAGAAGUCGUACAGAGUGUCAUCGACAGCCAAGGCAAAAGCUGUGCCUCACUCCUGCGGGUCGAACCCUUUGUUUGUGCCCAGUGCCGCACGGAUUUCACCCCUCACUGGAAGCAGGAGAAGAGCGUUAAGAUUCUGCGCGAGCAAUGCAUGACCUCCAACCAGAAGAAGGCUCUCAAGGCCGAGCACACCAACCGGCUGAAAAACGCGUUCGUGAAAGCUCUGCAGCAGGAGCAGGAGAUCGAACAGCGGCUACAGCAGCAGGCAGCCCUCUCCCCCACCACGGCCCCCGCUGUGUCCAGUGUCAGUAAACAGGAGACCAUAAUGAGACAUCACACGCUUCGGCAGGCACCACAGCCCCAAAGCAGCCUCCAGCGUGGCAUGCCCACAUCUGCCCGUUCCAUGCUUUCCAACUUCGCACAGGCACCCCAGCUGUCUGUGCCAGGUGGCCUCCUCGGCAUGCCAGGUGUCAACAUCGCGUACUUGAACACUGGCAUCGGAGGACACAAAGCCCCCAGUUUGGCAGACCGGCAGCGGGAGUACCUGUUAGACAUGAUCCCGCCGCGGUCUAUAUCGCAGUCCAUCAGUGGGCAGAAAUAACGCCCGUCUCACCCGUGCUGCCCCAGCCUCGAAUCCUUUACCCUCUCCCGUCCUGUUGCCCCAACUUCCGUCGCAUGCAGUGCCUGUACUGGUGCCUACCAUACACGGAAAACAAAA